UUUUGUCAAUAAAUCUGCAUCAUGCAGUGACAAGGGAUCAAUACAUCCCCCUCUAUUUGCUCAUCUUGCGCGACGUUAAUCAUGCCUAUCGUUGGCUUUGUGAAGGCAUUCGUGCAGUCAGGUUCGGUUUACUUUGGAUGGUAGCCAUUUAGACCCCAGGAGGAGGUGAACUUUCUUUCGGACUUCAAAAUACGAAGAUACCAAUAGACCAACAUGGCCACACAUCAGAGCGAGGAUUCGAAGGACCCUUGGAAGUACACUAUUGUAGUCAGCAAGUUUGUCAUCAACUGCAUCGAGGUGGCGAUUUCCAAGUCAUUUGGUGUUCUCAUUCCCGUCAUGAUUAAUAUCCUUUCAACAAAUACAAAGACCAUAGGGCUUGCGUGUAGCAUGCCAUCUGCCUGGAUGAACAUUGCAUGUCCCGCUGUUGCUUACGUCUUAAAGACAGGUGUUUUGACACCCCGAAUGAUUGCUCUGAUUGGUGCGUUCUUAUCCUCGGCCUUUCUGAUUGCUGCUGGCUUCACCACAUCAAUACCGGAACUAGGACUAUGCCUCUCACUCACGGGUGUUGGCUUAUCCAUGGGUUACUUUUCUUCCAAAGUGAUGCUGAAUGAAUAUUUUAAAAGGAGUUAUGUUUUAAUGGCUGCAGUCGCCAAUCUUGGUAGUGCAACAGGAGCUUUCAUUGCGCCGUUCGUCAUAGAGAGGUCGCUGGAGGCCUACGGUUACAUUGGAGCGAUGCUCAUACUUAGUGCCUUUUCGUUGCAUGCCAUUCCAGCAAGUGCCACUCUGAAGAAACCCCGAGAUAGGCCUUCAAAACCGGCUAUGAAGGAUGAUAACGAUGAUGAGACAACUGGUAGCGAAGAGAAACUGGCGAGAGUGGAGGACGACGAAUGUAUCUCGAAGGAAGAACCAAAAUCAUCCACAGGGUGCCUUACAAAUCUCAAGGAAUGGCUCAAAAAUUGCAUUUUAAUCAAAGAGCCUCUCUUCACCAUGGCACUUCCGUGUCUUUUCUUCACUUCAGUUUGUUUAAAUGCUUGGGUGCUCUUUCUCGUGCCCAGAGCGGAAUGGCAUGGCAUCCCGAGCUCCAAGGCAGUCUUCGUGUCGACUGCUGGUGGAACAGGGGGUAUCGUGGGCCGGGUCUUCUUUAUAGCACUUCUCUACUUCGGUGCUAACCCAAUAGUUCUGUCCUGCGUGUUCUUCAUGCUGUCUGCAGUCACCUUUCUGGCAGACCCCUUCAUCACGACGUUUCCAGUGAUGUGCGUUGUUUCCUUUAUCCAAGGCUGGAGUGUCUUUUCCGGCAAUCUGGCGCUCCCAGGUUACCUGAAGUAUUCCGUUUCCGACGAGAACUUCACUAUGGCUGCGGGCAUCUAUGGUCUUGUAUCGGGGCUUGGAGGGAUCUCUGGAGGUUUCCUUGGAGGUCUUAUCAAGGAUGCCACACAAUCGUUCACUACGGUGUUUGUCGGGAUUGGAUUUGGUUUUUGCUUUCUGGAGGUAAAUGCCUUACUCUUUUUACUUGCCCUUCGCAGAAAACAAAAAGAUAAGAGCAAAUGAUCUGUAAAACCACAGAUUCCUUUCUUUUCGUCAUCAGUGCAACUAUAAUUUAUCUGUCAACCUUUUCUACAUCGACAUCUUGUUUGGACAUCGGAAAUAUUGGUUAGAAACUGUAAUUUUAUCAAAAACUCAGGCCUUAUUUACCCAGGGUCGCCACAUCAAUAUGACAAUAGAACACUGCUCGUCCUGUGGGCCCUGCAAUUAUUAUUACCCCAGCAAUGAAUAUUACCCAGUAAUUAUUAUUACCCCAGCAAUUUCCAAAAAAGACAUUAUUGUGGAGUUUAGGCGCCAGCAAGACGACUAUGAAGAGCAUAUCUUUACGCCGUCUUGAUGUGCUCGACAACCGUGGGUUGUUGAUGUCACUUGUGUGGACCACACGA